AUGUCAAGAAGCUAUACUUUGGGCAACUGGGAUGGUGGCCUUUCGAGCUUUGGAGGUCACAGUCGAGAACAACUUCAAGUCGCAAGCGUACAGGCGCCAACAGCGUACAUGGACUCUCUUGAAAACAUGAACACCAUCCCAACAUCUAUUCUACCCUCCUCCCACCCCCAUAUGAGUAACGGAAACUUUGGGCUCAAAGAAGCGGUAGCAGGCCAAGGCAGUGGACCAACCACAAACGGGGAUCACGGUUCGCCUGAAGCGUUGCUCACGCCGACGACAAGCUCAGAGCUUGCACGUACUGCCGCACAGGAGCCCAUCAGUUUAUUAAGGGACAAUGCCCCCAUUCACCCCAUCACUACAGACGCGUCAAAUACCUUGGAGCCCCCAAAACUCGCGUUUGUUCCUAUCGCAAAUUCACCACUUUUCCAAACUUUUACACCCCGGACGCGUAAACCUCCUUCCAUCGACACGAAUACAAGCCCAACCCCUGUCGGAAUAGUCCGGCCUCUAAAUACAAAUACCAAGUCUUUGAGGCGCGACUCCAACGCCUCAGAGCCCAUUUCCAUCCAUACAGAGGAUGCAGAAGGAGAGGAGGACGAUGACGAUGUUAUCGUGGUGGAUCACUUGCUGGUAAGCGCUUGCGCUCCGACAGCCUUUCGCGACGUCGAGAUCGUAUCUUUACGGUCACUUCCUCAAUCAAACGAAGAACGGUCGGAACAGAGCAGAACUCAGUCGUCUCAUUCUGGUCGCGACUCCCUCUUCACCCCGCCACCCUCUUCAGAUGGAAUUAUACCAUUAGACAGGUUGUUUACCCCCGACCCACCUAAUCGUCGCGGACAUCUUCCAGUUAUCCCGCCCACCCCCUCUCCACCACCUCCUCGCCUGAUUAUGUCUCAUAUUCAGGUGCCUCCUCUACGACGGCCCAAAUCUGAAUAUGUCUGGCUCGAUCGACUCGUUGGACCGCCCAAGCGGGCUAAGAAACCCAACAUUCCUUCUCAAGGACCUUCCGGCCUCAGAGAUGCCCUGCAAGCAGCGUGGAGUAAUAAUUUGGAGCUUGGGACGGAGCCAGUCCCGGAAGGAGACGUGACUCGGAAGAAGAGGAAAAAGAACGAGCGACGAGAAGGGCACCUCAACGCGGUCGCGGGUCCUUCCAGCUUGGCGACAAGUAGCUCGACCAGCGGUCUAAACAUGGAGCCCAAGGUCUUCAAGUACGAAGGACCGAAGAAGGAGAGACGGCAGGGCGACGGGUCGGAGAAGAGGGUUAAACGGCCGCGGAUAACGAUUGAUCUGACAGUGUCGGACGAAGACCGCCUCCAGAAAACAAAGUACAAGCCUCUCCUUCCAAAACAACAUAAACAAUCAAAACAACCUCCGCCUCCAUCGUCGCUACCAGUUAUAAAGAAGAAACCCGCUCGGCCUGUUUCAUGUCUGAUGUCGGACGUGAUUAUACCCGUUCCUUCUCAGGUGCUGGCCUUCAACACUCGCUUUAUCUGGAGGAUGUGUGGCAAGGAGAACAUAAGCUCCCCCUCCCAUGACUUUGACUUUGAUCCUUGGAGCAUAUCCUCUUGGAAGCGUACAUCUCUUUGCAGCGUUGAAGACUCCUCUUCCUAUCUUUUUGACGAAGACGAGGCCGUGAUGUCGGUCGGAGGAACGUCGAGGUCGGUAUGGGAAGAGGAUUUUCGCCAGCCCGCGGAGGGUGAUUAUGAUUCGGACGACUCUUCGGUGGUCGUUAUCGAAUCACUUCCGCGGGAGCAAGUGCAGCCGGUGCCUCCACCUCCACCCCCUCAGCAACCUCCGCAACCGCCCAAAAAGAUUGACCUGGCCGAGCAGUUUCGAAAGAAGAAAAAAGCGAAGCAAAAACAGGUGCCCUCGCCGUUAUCCAAGAAACAGCGCUCUUCCAACCCACAACCCCAUCGCACACCCUCUUCCGACACUCUCUCCUACCCAACGCCAGCGUCUUCUAUCCAUGUCCAGAGCAUAUCUUCUUCGGUGUCGAUUGAUUCAGACUCCAACCGGGAUGACGCCUCCAUCGCUAGCUCGUAUCCUUCCGCUAAAGCUCUUGGUAAACGCAAAGCCAUCAGUCCGCCUCUCUCGACGUCCCUUAUGCAAUCCUUCCGACCUUGUCCAUCAUCAUCACUGUCCGUAUCACCGCGACAUGCCGUUGCACACCCCAAUGGCAACCUCGACGUUUUCAUUCACCCAUAUGCUUCGCCCUUGGACGCUUUGGCUGAUUAUCGCUCGGGUUCUGCCUCGACCGAGGAACAAGCAGACCCCGUUUACAACAAUCAUCAUAGGAAUAACACUCCUUCGUCUCCAGAUCUCUACCAAGCUCCCGACACGAUCGCUGAAGCAGCGUUCUUGACGGAUGCGAUGCCUCCUCUUAACGACUUUGAGACUAUCCAAACGGAGCUUGAAGAUCCAUGGGCGUCGCUAGCUGAUUCUAACCUCGGGUACAAGUUCGAUACCAUCGAUCCUACGCUUUUGGGAGGCGAGCCGGUUGUCAUCGGUCGUGAAGAUUCGCCGUCAGUGGCAGGUCAGAGUCAGUCGCAAGCGCAGAGGUCGUGGGUCUAUACGUCAAGCUUGAAUGUUCCUCCUUCUCCCUCGUCUUCUUCGACAUCUUUGUCUUCGUCUUCAUCCUCGAAACCCCUUGCAUCUAGGCCUAGGUUCUCGAAAGCAUUACAAGACGAGGGUGCUAUCUCUACUCCGACCACCACUCCGGAUGGACUGGAAAUCGAGGAUGAUGGUGCUAGCACUGCGGACAUCGACGCGGAUUCUAUGCCUGAGAUGACAGCGGACCGUCCUCGACGCCGAAAGCUGCAGCGUCGGAGGUUGGCGGACAUGGUGCCCAUUGACGAAAUCGACACUUUUGCAACCACAACGACGUCGGAAUACCGCUCCUCUUCGUCGUCCGAUGAAGAAGUAUCUCAGAGUGUGGUUUCAAGCAGGAUACGGCGUCCGACAUCGAAGGUUAUCUAUGAGAGCAUACACGUCAACCGCCCAGUUCCUGAGGAGGUGAAGAGGGGUGUACCAACGAAAACGAAGCCUUUUCCUGAGACGAAUUGGCCCACCACGAAGAACGAUGCGUAUUGCCAUCAAUGUCGCCGUAAGACCUUUUUGGUCAAGCUAUAUUGCUCAGAGUGCACGAAGCUGUUUUGUGUUCGGUGCUUAACGAACCGAUACCCUGAUCAAACAUUUGACACCUCAAAAGCUACGAGGAGCUGCCCAUAUUGUGAAGGUUACUGCAACUGUACAGUUUGCUGCAAAAAGCGAGGCGCUGUCUAUGUGUCCUCCAGGAAAGUGUCGAAGAAUCCCUUUUCUGGCGAGGUUAUUCCCGUAAAUCAACCUAUACAGCGCACCACCCUCGGAGGCAAGACCAACCUUCCGCCCCCCGUCACAUUCCAUCAGCCGCCACCGCAGCCGCCACCUCAGCCAGCCAAUGCCGUGUACUGGGGCACUGUAUACGACCUCUCAGGCAAGCGAAUCGGCAGAAGCUACUUUGACCCCAAGGCAGCUGCAAGCCAUGUCCAUGUCGAGAAGCCAGUCGACCCGACCCCGUUCGCACCGCGCAAGCCGGCGAUGACGGCCAGGAGGAUGUUCGUUGGCAAGAUCCAGCGCUCUUGGGGCCUCGGCCAACACCCGAAGUUCUGCGAGUUCAAUCCUCCGGCGCGAGCAAAGAAGUCGUCAGCGAAGCGCGAGCCGAGGCGAUAUAUAGGCGACAAGAAAUUCCUGUCAUAUCGGUUCUACGCUGAAGGGUCUUCGUUGUCGUCCAUGGAGGAAGAUGAGACUGAUGACGAUGACAAUGGUUGUGGUGCUGGUGCUGAAGGACAAACGGAGGGUAAAGAGACUUUUUCGCCUAACAGUUUGGGGGACGAGGAUAUCGCCCGUGCAAUUGGGCUUGCACUGUCAGCAUGUGGAUGGAUUGUCGAGAUCUAA